AUGGCCGCCGCGGCGCCGGCGCGCCGCCCCCCCGAGCGCGACGCUGCGCGCGGGCGGCGCGGCGCUGGCAGAGCCGAGCGCGCCGUGGGCCCGCGGCGCGGAGCGCGGCCGGCCGCGCUCGCGGCCGCCACGCUCGUGGCCGCCGCGGCGGGUGCGAGCGGCGCCGAGCCGCGGCUGCACGCGCUGGUGCUGGGGCUCUGGCCGCGGGCGGCGUGGGCCCGCGGCGGGCGGGCGGGGGGCCUCGCGCGGGGCGGCGCUGCGCUGGCGCGGGGCGAGCGCCGGGCCGCGCUGGAGGCCACCGCGCGCGCGGCGGCAGGGCCGGGAGGCCUGGCAGAGUCGGAGCCGCCGGCCAGCGUCCUGCCCAUUGCAGACGCGGUCGCUUCUGUUUCCACCAAAGGCGGCGCUUCGCCGUGCUCUCGGCUGCAGACGAUGGUCCAGAAGAUCUUGACAGGCAGCACCCAGCGUGGUGACGUGACGUACACGUUUUCCGACGACGACAAGGUGUGCACACUGCGGCUGGGCAUAUUUGAGGUCCGAGGCGGCGGCCCUCUCGAGUUCACCGGUCGGGGGAGCACGCGGCUCGCCUCCUCGAGCAGCGCAGCGCAGCAGGCAUGCGACGAGCUGCCAGCCCGCCUGGAGGCCUUGUCGCCAGAAGCGCAGCAAGACAUCGCGCGAGCGUGCCAGGAGCGUCGGGAUAAGGUUCUCAAGAUGGAAGCGGCGAGGGUUAAGACCUUUCAGACUGUCAAAGCAACGCUGGGCACAGUUGCAUCCAGUCUGAAAGGCAUCGCGCAGUUCAAAUACGCGGACGACGGCAAGGCGUGCACUUUCCAGCUGACACCAUCUCCGGGGAUCCUUCUGGACUUCGCCGGCCAGGGAGAAGACAAGGAGCGCUCUACGUUGAGCGCAGAGAAGGCAGUGAGAAAGGAAUUGCGCUCACGGCUUCAAGCGCUGGAGCCGCGGCAGCGGCAGGCAGUCUUGCGGAAAUUUCCAAACCUGGCGCUGGAGCCGUUCACCGAGGCGGGCAAGCCAGCUGACGCAGCCGAGCGGCAGGCCUCAGAGGCGCCCGAGCCUUCCGAUCCCCACGGGGCAGAGGUCGCGCGCCUCGUGGGCCUCCUGAUCAGGAUGGGACAGCGGAGAUCGCCAGAGUGGAGCACCACGUGGAAGCAGUACUGCGACUCGAAAGGGGGCGGAUCUUACGACCCGGGCAGACACGGGCUCAAGUUUUUGGAUGGAUUUUUGGAUCACAUAGGCGAGAUGGCGCAGCAGAGCGCUCCCGCGGCUGGCUCUCACGAGGGCGACCCGGGCCACGCGCCGCGCCCCCGGAGCGCCGCCCACGCGGAGCGGGAGCGGUGGGGCCUCCGCGGCGCUGGCCGGCGCGCUCGCCGCCGGCUGCGGCGUCCAAGGGGCCCUGGCGCAGCCUCCACAGUGGCAGUCGGCGACCGAUCGCGCUCGGCGGAGCACGCGGCGGCCUACUGGAGGGGGACCCGCGUGCAGGCGGCGGAGGAGGGAAAUCACCCCCUGCCGCACCUGGGCGAGAACGGCUCCAUCCAGGACUGGGGCGAGCCGCAGACGCGCGAGUGCCUGGCCUUCUACAUCGACAAGGCGCUCGAGGGCGCCCACCGCGAGCGCGUGCUGCAGGCCGAGGCGGAGCGCGACGCCGCCGCCGCCGGCGCCGUCGGCUCGUCGGUCGCGCCGCGGGCGGUGGUGACCUUCCUGAUGAUGGAGAACGCGGCGCGCACCAUGCACCAGGACCUGCUGCUGUCGCUGCACUGCCUCCAGGCGUUCUUCGGGGGCUACCCCGUGGUCGUGUUCCACACGAACGGCUCGACGGAGGCGGAGCUCGGUCGCCUCCGCUCGUCGGCUCCAGAGGGCCUGCGGCUGACGCUGGAGCGGGUGGACCUCGGCUUCCCCGCGGAGGUGGCGGGGGCCCCCGGCGGCCCCGACGCCUUCCUCGGCCCGCCGGCCUGCAUGAUGGACGGCCAGCACUGGUGGUCGUCGCAUCGCAUGUGCGGCUGCCGAUGUCCCGCGUGGCGUCCGAGGUGCUGGCCAGAGAACUGGAUGCACGCCACGCGCUUCUUCACGGCGGGCAUGUUCCGGACGCGGACCUUUCAGCGGGGGGACUUCGAUUUCUUCUUGCGCCUCGACAUCGAUCUCUUCUUCGUGCAGAGGCCCGCCUUUGACCCCUUCAGGCUGAUGGCCACCCGUGGCUGCGUGAUGAUGUACGACAUCUUGUCUCGGGAGGCACCUGGCUGUUACGAUGGUUUCGAUGAGAAGACGAUCGAGUUCUUGGGCCGAAGCCAAUACCGGGGCAAGGCUGAUCUUGACGUGCUUCACAUCGGUUCUGGGCCUGCUGCUGCUGGAGGCCAGUGGACGCUCGGGGACGCCAGGCUGUUCAGAGAUGCUUCGUAUUUGCGCUUCGCCGACGCGAUGACUGGAGGCGUACUGCACAGAUCCUGGCCGCAGAUUCCCCCUGGGGCGGCUGAGCUCGACAAGGCCGCGGAGAGUCGCGGCCCAGGCGCGGGCCC